AUGAGUCCGCGGAGUGUCCCUGAACAGCCGGCGACAGCCCAUACCCGAACGUGUUCGGCCACGGAUUCGGUCGCUUCGCUUUCGAGUGCCCAUUCGAGGUCGUUAUCCUCGAACAAAACUAUCACGUCGAUCCCCCCAAAUCUUCUCCCUUCAGCACCCGCAUCGCCGCCUACCCCUGCUCCUAGUCCCACCCCUCAGCAGAGACCUCCGACAUGGCUGUCGGCCGAUGAAGACGAUGACGCUUUCCUUUUAAAUGCCAGGAUUCAUUUCAGUUCCCUGUCCAGCUUUAAAAGGCAGAAGUUCUUGGAGGGUAUUCUUAGUUUAUGUGAUAGCCAACAUCUCAGUUUUGUCUCUAGUUACGUCAGUCCUCGCCUGAGAAAGGACCCGUUUCUGGUCUUUCCGACUGAGUUAUGCUUGCGGGUACUUUCGUUCAUCGAUGAUCCGAAGACAUUAGCAAGAGCAUCUCAGGUAUCGAGGCGGUGGCGGGAACUAUUGAACGAUGACAUCACAUGGAAAAACCUCUGCGAGAAGCAUGCGUAUGCAUCUCGUAAGUCUUCGGAGGAUGACCGGGAUUCCGUAGACCACAUGCAUACCGUCUCCAGCACAAACUCCCUGGCUGGGUCGAGGAGUUCGCUCACUUCCAGCUAUCAGUCUCGGGAUGGCCACCCCGGUUUGACUCGCUCACUGUCGGGGGACUGGCUUGCGUCAGCAAGUUUGUCGUCACGAAAGCGGAGAGUCCGGCCUUUGUCAUACAGGACCCAUUUCAAACAGAAAUAUAUGGUGGAAUCCGCCUGGAACAAAGGCGGGCGAUGCACCCAACGGCAUAUCCUGCCCGAUCAGGGAGUCGUUACGAGCCUGCAUCUCACGCCCAAGUACAUUGUGGUUGCUUUAGACAACUCUAAGAUUCAUGUCUAUGACGCCAAUGGGGGUAAUCAGAAGACGCUUCACGGUCAUGUGAUGGGCGUAUGGGCCAUAGUACCCUGGGAUGACAUACUGGUGAGCGGUGGCUGUGACCGCGAUGUCCGUGUCUGGAACAUGGCUACUGGAGCCGGUAUCUAUCUAUUGCGUGGUCACACGUCAACUGUGCGCUGUUUAAAAAUGUCUGACAAGAAUACGGCUAUCUCGGGGUCUAGAGAUACCACGCUGCGGAUAUGGGAUCUGGCUUCAGGAACUUGUAGAAAUGUCCUGGUUGGACAUCAGGCUAGUGUCCGGUGCCUAGCGAUUCAUGGGGAUAUAGUUGUUUCUGGAAGCUAUGAUACCACUGCACGCAUUUGGAGUAUCUCCGAGGGGCGAUGUCUCCGCACGCUUUCGGGCCAUUUUAGUCAAAUUUAUGCAAUCGCCUUCGAUGGCAGGCGAAUCGCUACCGGUAGUUUGGACACCAGUGUGCGGGUAUGGGACCCGCAAAGUGGCCAGUGCCAUGCUAUCCUCCAAGGCCAUACAUCUUUAGUGGGGCAGCUGCAGAUGCGGGGUGACACACUCGUCACUGGUGGCUCAGACGGGUCUGUCCGUGUUUGGUCUCUGACCAGAAUGACCCCAAUCCACAGGCUAGCGGCCCAUGACAAUAGCGUGACAACCCUUCAGUUUGACAGCUCGCGGAUUGUCAGCGGUGGUAGUGACGGCCGUGUUAAGGUAUGGAGUCUACAAACUGGACAGUUACUCAGGGAAUUGUCUUCACCCGCAGAGGCGGUUUGGAGGUUGGCCUUCGAAGAGGAAAAGGCUGUGAUCCUGGCGAGUAGAUCAGGCCGGACAGUCAUGGAGGUUUGGACUUUCUCUCCUCCUCCGGAAGAAGAUACCGAUGAAUUCGUGCCACGAAGUUCCUCAAGUACACCUGGGAUGCGUCCUGCCCAAGACGAUAGCCGGCAGAGAGCGUACCAUUCAGACCCUCCACCGAUACCCCUGGGCAACGAUGAUGAUCAACUAAUGGCGGAUGCUCCUUCCUAG